AUGGAGAAGUUCCUGCGCGACUGGCGCCAUGACGCCCUGAGCAAGCACCAGUACGAGUCUGCCAUCUUUAUUGGCGACAAGCUUCUGGCCAUCAGCAGUUCGUCCACCCAUCCGCUCUCCAAGCUCCCCGCCCGCGCUGACCUGCCCCAUGCAGACAAUGACCGCGAUGCCUUCUGGCUUGCCCAAGUCCACUUCACCACCGGCAAUUACGCCCGCGCCCAGAGCAUCCUCGCCCGCUUCGUUUCCAAGUCAGACGCCCAACAGAGCAGCCCGCAAUGCCGCUACCUGCUGGCCCACUGCUCCAUAAAACAGGCCAAAUACGACGAGGCGAUGCAACUUCUCGGCGACAAGAAUCCGGUACAUCUGGUCGCCGCUCCUGACAACACUCGCAAGAAGCUGCAGCACGUCGAGGUCGCUCCCCGCAACGGGCCAACAAGGCAACACCAUAACAAGGGAUUGCGCAGCGACCGCGUUGACCGUAGUGAAGAGCGCGAGCGCGAGGACAUAUCCAACAUCAAGGCUGAGGCCUGCAUGUGCUACCUGCGUGGCCUCUGUUACGCAAAGCAAAAUGCCUUCGACCGCGCCAAGGAGUGCUACAAGGAUGCCGUGCGCAUCGACGUGCAGUGCUUCGAGGCAUUCGAUCAGCUCAUGAAGAAUUCACUCAUGUCUCCCGAAGAGGAGCUGCAGUUCCUUGAUUCUCUUAGUUUCGACACCGUCACUGCUGACGAGGGAUCGUCCGCGCAGGAGGCUGCUGACUUCACCAAGAUGCUGUAUAUGACCCGCCUGUCCAAAUACAAGAACCCCGACGAGUUUACCGCUGCUGUUGAGACCCUGUCGACGCACUACAACCUUGCCAGCAAUCCCGACAUCCUUUUGUCAAAGGCCGAACAGCUUUUUACCCAGUGUCGUUUCAGCGAGGCCUUGUCACUCACUUCGUCCAUCCUACAGACGGACAAAUACAACUUCUCGACCAUGCCCGUCCACCUCGCCUGUCUCCACGAACUUAAUAACAAGAACGAGCUCUUCCUUCUGUCUCAUGACCUCGCCGAUACACAUCCGGAGGAGCCGACGUCGUGGCUUGCCAUUGGUGUGUACUACUUGACUAUCGGAAGGAUAGCUGAGGCACGAAGGUUCUUUUCCAAGGCCUCCAUGAUGGACCCCCAUUUCGGUCCUGCCUGGAUCGGCUUUGCGCACACUUUUGCCGCUGAAGGAGAGCAUGAUCAAGCAAUAUCCGCCUACUCCACCGCUGCUCGUCUAUUCCAAGGGACUCAUCUUCCGCAGCUUUUCUUGGGAAUGCAAAACCUCCAGCUCAACAACCUCUCUCUUGCACAUGAGUACCUGAACACCGCCUAUGGACUAUGCAAAACGGACCCUCUCCUUCUGAACGAGCUCGGUGUCGUUUUCUACCACCAGGACCACCUCAACUUCGCCAUCAAGAUGUUCACCCUCGCCCUCACCCUCUCAGAACAGCUGUCCCUCGCACCCGCCUCUCCAUCCAUUCUGGCGACCCGCACGAACCUCGGACAUGCCAACCGCCGGGCGCAAAACUUCAACGAAGCUCUCGCCGCCUUCGACGAAGUGUUGCGCCAAGGCGGCAAGGACGCCGGCGUCUUCUGCUCCAAAGGGCUCGUCCUGCUCGAAAUGGGCCGCUCGUGGGAAGCGGUCCUGGCGCUGCACGAGGCGCUGGCGAUCAGCCCGCAGGACCCGGUCGCGACAGAUUUGCUCAGCCGCGCGCUGGAGGCGGUGGAAAGCGUGGACCUGAUGGGCCAGAGCGAGGAAGAGGAGGUCGAGAGGAGGUUGCGGGGCAGCAAGGUCGAGGUGCGGAGACGCAAUCAGCGGAGACGGCGCAUUCGAGAAAUCGAAGACUCGAUGCAGGAAACGGCGGCGGACAGCAUGGUUGUGGAUGAAGACGAAUGUUUAAGGUGA